AUGUGGUCUAACGUCGAUGACCCGACCAAACUUGAGAAGAGCCUUCGUUAUACCUGUGACACAGACCAGGGUGUUACCGCUUUUGGCUGGACUCAUUAUGACUCUCGCACAGGAGGAAGCCAGACGAUCAAUGAUACUGGCAACAGUAUUGACAUUAUCACUGAUUUUGCCAAGUCUAUGGAUUCAAACUCUCAAGAAUGGCAACUCAAAGUUCGAGGUAUACCACGAAAGGAUGCAGCAAAAGAUCAGCAAACAACAGUGAUUUUCUACCUUGGUUCUGAAAAUCCCGCCUCCAAAGUUGCCUGUAAGAGACAACACAGUCACCGAGUGUCACAUAGUGACAUAUCAUGCCGAGGAACCACGCCCACUAUUGGUGAAUUUACUGUCGAUAUUGGUGUCUCUGGGGACCGCACGGAACUAUCGCAACAUCUGGCAGUGACCAGCAUCAACGUCCCAUCGAAAAAUUUGUGGCAAACCAAAGCUGUCUUUCUACAACAACUAAAAGCCCGCAAUAUUGCCGACGGGAUGCUCCCAAACAGACCUGGAGAGGGAAACCUACACUUUGUGCAAAUGAUCUUUCAAGGAUCCAACGAGAUUGAAGUCUCGUUUAGUUCCGGUCAUCGGAAUGAGACAGUCAGCCCCGUCCCUUUUUCCGAGCGCGUUGAAGAUAUCUACACAGACUUUAAACGGCAAUUUGCUUUGAGCUACCUACCACAGCGUCCGUUUGAGGAUAACCACUACAUACAGCUUUCGCAAUCUUUACUUUCAAAUUUGAUGGGUGGCAUUGGCUUUUUCUACGGGAGCGAUCGAAUCAGCAUUAAUUCGACCUCGGAUUUCACGGAUACCAACGAUGAUUUCUGGAUGUACGCUUCCCUUGGUGAAUCACAGCAAAUGGUCCAAGAACGAACGCCGCGUCAACUAAUCACAGCAGUUCCUUCCAGACCAUCGCUUCCCCGGGGGUUCCUAUGGGAUGAAGGCUUUCACUUGGAAUUAGUUCUUGAAUGGGACAUGGAGCUCGCGUUGUCCAUACUUUCCAGCUGGUUUGACUUGAUUGACAAUGAUGGCUGGAUAGCUCAUGAACAAAUUUUAGGCCCAGAUGCCAGAAGCAAAGUGCCAUCACUGUACCAAGUUCAAUUUCCACAGUUUGCGAGCCCCCCAACUCUCUUUCUGGUAAUUGAAAAGUUCAUUGAGGUGCUUCAAAGAGAAGAGAUCAGUCCCUCGGUUCCUCACAGGCAAUAUUUUACAGACUACGCUACUAGAAAGGGUUGGUUGGAAGCAAUAUAUCCAAAGUUGAAGAAGUACUAUGACUGGUUCCGUAGAACACAGUCUGGAAACAUGACUCAUUACCGGCAUCGCAAUCGGCUUCAUGAGGGAUAUCGCUGGCGAGGCAGAACAACCGAGAAUAUUCAGCCAAGUGGUCUUGGUGACUAUCCUCGUGCUCAACCUGCCCACCUCUAA